UUCCCGGUGGUCAAGCUGGCCUGUGCGGACACGUACGUCAUCGAGACAGUGACCUUCACCAACACUGGCAUGGUGCCCACAACCUGCUUCCUCCUCAUCCUCGCCUCCUACAUCCGCAUAGUCUACUCUGUCCUGAAGAUGAACUCAGCCGAAGGGCGGCGCAAAGCAGUCUCCACUUGUGCCUCACAUCUGGCCGUGGUGACGCUGUUCUUUGGGCCCAGUACCCUGGUCUACACGCAGCCCCAGCUGAGCAAAGUGCUGGUGACCCCUGUGCAGAUCUUCAGCAAUGUGGUCACGCCCAUGCUGAACCCGGCCAUCUACACGCUGAGGAACAAGGAGGUGAAAGCGGCUCUGAGAAAACUGAGAGGGGGUCAAACGCCUGCACGUUGA